AUGGAUAUCUCAAAACCUAUCGCGUUCUGCGAGCACCUCCAACUGUCUGCUAUUGGCGUGCAGCCCGCCUCUAUCUCAUUCCAGACCUUAACGCUUGAAUCCGACCACUUUAUUUGUGUACGAGAAAAAGUUGGAGAGCAGAAUCAAGUUGUUAUCGUCGACCUUGCAGAUGCCAACAAUGUACUACGCAGACCAAUCACUGCCGACUCCGCUAUCAUGCACCCUCACCAGAAGAUCCUGGCAUUAAAAGCGGGUCGGACAUUGCAGAUAUUCAAUCUCGAGACCAAGCAGAAGGUCAAAUCGCAUGUCAACAACGAAGACAUUGUCUUCUGGAAGUGGAUCUCGGAUUCGACCAUUGGUAUGGUCACCGACAACGCUGUAUACCACUGGUCGAUGUCAGAUGCAACAUCACCACCGCAGAAGAUCUUUGACCGACAUGCGACACUUGUCGGGGCGCAAAUCAUCAACUACCGUGCGUCGGCGGACGAGAAGUGGCUUGUGCUGGUUGGUAUCUCAGGGAACACGACGAAUCCAUCCGCCUUCAAGGUGAAGGGUUCUAUUCAACUUUAUAGCAAGGAGCGGGGCGUGAGCCAACCGAUUGAAGGACAUGCCGCUGCAUUUGCCGAAGUGAAGCUGGAUGGUCAUCAGAAGCCGACCAAGCUCUUCACGUUCUCUGUACGAACAGCGACUGGCGCGAAGCUGCACGUCGUGGAGAUUGACCACCAAGCACCAGAUCCGCCCUUCACCAAGAAGGCGGUUGACGUGUAUUUCCCGCCUGAGGCUACGAACGACUUCCCAGUUGCUAUGCAGGUGUCGAAGAAGCAUGGGAUCGUCUACCUGGUGACGAAGUAUGGAUUCAUUCACCUCUACGACCUGGAGUCGGGCGCGUGCAUCUACAUGAACCGUAUCUCAGGUGAAACGAUCUUUGUCACAUCCGAGCAUGAAGCAACCAACGGUAUCAUCGGUGUCAACAAGAAGGGCCAGGUGCUCAGUGUCAACGUCGACGAGCAGACCGUCAUUCCGUAUAUCCUCACCACGCUAAACAAUACGGAGCUUGCAUUCAAGCUCGCUAGCCGAGCGGAUCUGCCUGGUGCGGAUGACCUGUACAUUAGGCAAUAUCAACAGCUGUUCCAGAGCGGACAGUUUAGCGAAGCUGCUAAGAUUGCGGCCAAUUCACCUCGAGGAAUUCUGCGAACAGCACAAAUCAUCGAAUCUUUCAAGCAGGCGCCUGCACCGCCAGGUGGCCUGUCGCCAAUUCUCCAAUACUUUGGCAUCCUUCUCGAGAAGGGGGAGCUUAACCAUCUCGAGUCUGUCGAGCUCGCGCGUCCCGUCCUUCAGCAGGGCAGGAAACAACUGCUGGAGAAGUGGCUGAAGGAGAACAAGUUGACAUGCAGCGAGGAGCUCGGUGAUAUUGUCCGGCUGCACGAUAUGACCCUCGCUCUCAGCGUCUACCUGAGAGCGAACGUACCAAACAAAGUAAUUGCAUGCUUUGCGGAGACGGGUCAAACGGACAAGAUCGUGCUCUAUUGCAAGAAGGUCGGAUACACUCCAGAUUUCGUCGGGCUAUUGCAGCAUGUUAUGCGUACAAAUCCGGAAAAGGGUGCAGAGUUUGCUAUGCAACUUGCGAACGAUGAGAGCGGUCCUCUCGUUGAUGUCGAGCGGGUGGUGGAUAUUUUCAUGUCUCAAAACAUGAUCCAGCCGGCGACGUCAUUCCUGUUGGAUGCCCUCAAAGAUAACAAGCCCGAACAGGGUCCUCUCCAGACGCGUCUCCUAGAGAUGAAUCUCGUUCAUGCUCCUCAAGUCGCUGAUGCUAUUCUCGGGAAUGAAAUGUUCACUCACUAUGACCGACCUCGGAUAGCGAACCUGUGUGAGAAGGCUGGAUUGCUUCAGCGAGCGCUGGAGCAUUAUGAAGACCUCGCGGAUAUCAAGCGUGUCAUUGUACACUCAAGCGCAUUGCCUCCAGAUUGGAUAGUCAACUACUUCAGUCGUCUCACCACUGAGCAAUCUAUGGCCAGCAUGGAGGAAAUGCUUCGCGUGAACAUCCGACAGAACCUCCAAGUCGUUAUUCAAAUCGCAACCAAGUAUUCCGACAUCCUUGGUCCCGUCAAAUUGAUUGAGAUGUUUGAGUCGUUCAAGACUUUCGAGGGUCUUUACUACUACCUCGGUUCGAUCGUCAACCUGAGCCAAGAUCCCGAGGUGCACUUCAAGUACAUUCAGGCUGCCACCCGCACUGGUCAGAUCCGUGAAGUUGAGCGUAUUUGCAGAGAGAGCAACUUUUACAACCCUGAGAAGGUCAAGAACUUCCUCAAGGAGGCAAAACUCGCAGACCAACUUCCGCUUAUUAUUGUUUGCGAUCGCUUCGACUUUGUGCACGACCUCGUUCUCUACUUGUACCAGAACGGGCUGACCAACUUCAUUGAGGUCUACGUUCAGCGCGUUAACUCUGUCCGUACACCACAGGUCAUUGGUGGCCUUCUCGAUGUCGAUUGCGACGAGUCCACUAUCAAGUCUCUGUUAGCAUCGGUUCCUGGUAACUUUCCUAUCGACGAGCUCGUCAACGAGGUCGAGACUAGGAACCGUUUGAAGUUAAUCCUCCCUUGGCUCGAGGCGCGUGUGCAGCAAGGAAGUCAAGAUUCUGCUAUCUACAACGCUCUGGCGAAGAUUUAUAUUGACUCGAAUAACAACCCAGAAUCAUUCCUGAAAGAGAACAACCUCUACGAGCCGCUGGUAGUUGGAAAGUUCUGCGAAGCUCGUGACCCGUAUCUGGCGUAUAUAGCAUAUGCGAAGGGCUUUUGUGAUGAUGAACUUAUUGCUAUCACCAACGAGAACUCAAUGUUCAAGCAACAGGCACGGUAUCUCGUCAGGCGACGUCAGCCGGAGUUGUGGGCACAGGUGUUGGUCCCAGACAAUAUGCACCGUCGUCAGUUGAUUGAUCAGAUUAUCGCGACUGCCCUCACCGAGUCUACCGACCCUGAUGAUGUCUCUGUCACUGUCAAGGCGUUCUUGCAAGCAGACUUACCCAUCGAGCUCAUCGAGUUGCUAGAGAAGCUGAUUCUGGAGCCUUCGCCAUUCUCUGACAACCGCAAUCUUCAAAACUUGAUGAUGCUGACUGCGAUUCGCGCCGACAAGGGCAAGGUGGUCGGGUAUAUCGACAAGCUAAAGAACUAUGAUGUUGCCGAGAUUGCCAAGAUUGCCACUGACCACGGCCUCUACGAAGAAGCGUUCUUGAUCUACAAGAAGUAUGAGCAGCAUGCGAUGGCAAUAAACGUGCUCGUUGAACAUGUGGUAUCCCUCGAUCGCGGUGUAGAGUACGCCAUCAAGGUGAACAAGCCAGAGGUCUGGAGCAGGCUUGCGAAAGCGCAACUGGAUGGCUUGCGUAUCAAAGAUGCCAUCGACUCAUACAUCAAGGCAGAAGAUCCGUCGAAUUUCAUGGAGGUCAUCGAGAUUGCCAGUCGCGCAGGCAAGCACGACGAUUUGGUCCGUUACUUACAGAUGGCGCGGAAGUCUCUUCGUGAACCCAAGAUUGAUACUGAGCUGGCAUAUGCGUACGCAAAGACGGAUCGGCUGCACGAUAUGGAGGAUUUCCUCGGUAUGACCAACGUCGCGGAUAUUCUGGAAGUCGGUGAGAAGUGUUUCGAGGACGAACUGUACCAGGCGGCGAAGCUUCUCUUCACGAGCAUCUCGAAUUGGGCACGGCUUGCUACGACACUUAUCUACCUUGGUGAGAAUCAGGCUGCCGUAGAAAGUGCGAGAAAGGCCGGCAAUACACAGGUUUGGAAACAAGUGCAUGCAGCGUGUAUAGAGAAGAGCGAAUUCCGUUUGGCGCAAAUCUGUGGUCUCAAUAUUGUUGUCCAUGCGGAAGAACUCCCUGGUAUUGUGCAAUCAUACGAACGUCGCGGCCAUUUCGAUGAGGUUCUGUCGUUACUGGAGGCAGCUCUAAGUUUGGAGAGAGCACAUAUGGGUAUCUUUACUGAGCUUUCGAUCCUGUACAGCAAGUACAGGCCAGAGAAACUCAUGGAGCACCUGAAGCUUUUCGUAUCUCGCAUUAAUAUUCCAAAGGUCAUCAAAGCCACGGAAAGAGCCCAUCUGUGGCCAGAACUCGUCUUCUUGUAUAUCAAGUACGACGAAUUUGACAAUGCCGCACUAGCUAUGAUUGAACGGUCUUCAGAUGCAUGGGAGCACAACCAAUUCAAGGAUGUCAUCGUUCGGGUUGCCAAUAUUGAGAUCUACUACAAGUCCCUCACGUUUUACCUCCAAGAACAGCCAACAUUGUUGACGGACCUGUUGACCGUUCUGAUACCCCGGAUAGACCACACCCGUGUCGUGCGAAUGUUCCGGCAGAUGGAUCACAUUCCACUCGUUCGCUCCUAUCUCAUCGCCGUGCAGCAUCUGAACAUUGAAGCAGUCAACGACGCUUACAAUGAUCUUCUCAUCGAAGAGGAAGAUUAUAAGACACUGCGUGACUCGAUCGACAGCUUUGAUAACUUCAACAAUGUUGCACUUGCAGGACGGCUGGAGAAACAUGAACUGCUUGAGUUCCGACGACUGGCUGCUCAUUUGUACAAGAAAAACUCCCGCUGGGAAGAGUCGAUAACACUUUCCAAGCAGGAUAAGCUGUACAGGGAUGCUAUCAUCACGGCAGCGACGUCAGCAUUGACAGAGGUUGCCGAGGAUCUGCUGUCAUAUUUCGUCGACAUUGGCAACAAGGAGUGCUUCGCGGCAACACUCUAUGCUUGCUUCGACCUGCUGCGGUCAGAUGUCGUAGAGGAACUCUCAUGGCAGCAUGGUUUGAACGAUUUCUAUAUGCCGUACAAGAUCCAAAUCUCGCGGACGAUGGUAGAAAAGAUGUCCACAUUAGAGAAGCAGGUGCAAGAGUUGUCAAAGAAAGGCUCACAAAAGGAGCAACAAGAAGCGGAAGCACCAAUUAUCAACCCUGGCUUGAUCGGCAAUCGAUUAAUGCUCACAGCAGGAAAUGGAUUCCCUGGUCAAGCACCACCCCCUAUGAUGCCCAACGGCGCGGCUAUGGGCAUGCCUCCGAUGAUGACCGGUUUUGCGAGCUUCUGA